CAAUAGAAAGAAGAAGCGGUGGGACUGGGGCUGAAAUGCGGCUCCAGUUUUCUAAAAAUUUCUGAAAACUUGGGGGGCCCUCCCUGGAACUGGCAGCUGCAGAAGCCUUCUAGCUGUCUGCAAACAUGGCCUUCUUCAGAAUCCCAUGUGGCUUUAUUGGAUUUUAUUUUCCCACUCUCACUUCUUUCCUCUGUCUCUAGAAAACAAGGGAAAGAUAAGGGAGAGAUAAGGGAUCCAAUGCCCUCUGUUUUCUCAUGCGUCUCCUUCUUCUUCCUCUUAGUUGGGUGUCUGGUUACUGGUUCUUUGGCAGAUGACCCUUAUGUCUUUUUUGAUUGGACUGUCUCUUACCUUACUGGAUAUUCUCUGGGAGUUAAGCAGCAGGUGAUUGGUAUUAAUGGGCUAUUUCCUGGACCUAUUCUUAAUGUCACUACAAAUUGGAACGUGAUUGUCAAUGUCAAGAAUGAACUUGAUGAGCCACUGCUUCUUACAUGGAAUGGCGUACAGAAUAGGAAAAACUCCUGGCAAGAUGGUGUUUUGGGGACUAAUUGUCCGAUUCCUGCUGGUUGGAAUUGGACGUAUCAGUUUCAGGUCAAAGAUCAGAUAGGAAGUUUCUUUUACUUCCCUUCCCUCAACUUCCAGAGAGCAGCAGGUGGAUAUGGAGGAAUUAUCAUAAACAAUAGGGACGUCAUUCCUUUACCAUUUGCUGUGCCUGACGGAGAUAUUAUUGUUUUUAUCAGUGACUGGUAUACAAAGAGUCAUAAGGAACUAAGGAAACAUGUUGAAAAGGGAGAUGACGUAGGAGUUCCUGAUGGUAUCCUCAUUAAUGGGUUUGGUCCUUACAGAUAUGAUGAGGCACUUGUCCAAGAAGGCAUUACUUAUCAGAUAAUAAAUGUUGAACCUGGAAAGACAUAUCGUCUCCGGGUGCACAAUGUUGGUAUCUCAACCAGCUUGAAUUUCAGAAUACAAAAUCAUAACUUGCUUCUUGUAGAGACUGAAGGAUCAUACACUGUUCAGCAAAACUAUGAAAACAUGGACAUUCAUGUGGGUCAGUCAUAUUCAUUCUUGGUUACAAUGGAUCAAAAUGCUAGCAGUGAUUACUAUAUUGUUGCCAGUCCCAGAUAUGUAAAUUCAUCUGCUUGGACUAAAGCUGCUGGAGUUGCUAUCUUGCACUAUUCCAAUUCUCAGGGACCUGCUUCAGGGUCUCUUCCUGACCCUCCUAAUGAACAAGAUAUAUAUUUCUCAAUGAAUCAAGCAAGAUCCAUAAGAUGGAAUGUCUCAGCUGGUGCUGCUCGUCCAAAUCCACAGGGGUCUUUCAAAUAUGGUGAUAUUACUGUGACAGAUGUAUAUGUGAUUCUCAAUAGACCUGCUGAGCUUAUUGAUGGGAAGUGGCGUACUACCCUUAAUGGCAUUUCAUACUUACCACCUCCCACACCCCUGAUGCUUGCUCAGAAAUACAACAUUUCAGGUGUCUACAAGCUUGACUUCCCAAAUAGACCAAUGAACAGACCUCCAAAAUUUGAUACAUCUCUAAUUAAUGGCACUUUCAAAGGUUUUAUGGAAAUAAUCUUUCAGAAUAAUGAUACCACUGUCCAGAGCUACCAUAUGGAUGGAUAUGCAUUUUUUGUUGUGGGUAUGGACUUUGGAGUGUGGACAGAGAAUAGCAGAGGGACAUACAACAAAUGGGAUGGUGUUGCUCGCUGCACUAUACAGGUCUUUCCUGGAGCUUGGACUGCCAUCUUAGUUUCUCUUGACAAUGCUGGCAUUUGGAAUCUCCGAGCAGAAAAUCUCAACUCAUGGUAUCUGGGCCAGGAGGUUUAUAUGAGUGUUGUAAAUCCAGAGAUCGACACAUCUGAGGUUUCUUUGCCUGAUAAUGCCAUAUAUUGUGGCCUAUUAUCAUCCUUACAGAAGGACCAGGCUCAGAGAUUCAAGUUUUCAAGUGCACCAACACUUCAGAGUGUGAGUAGAGCAGUUCUUCUUGCAUUAGCCGCAACAUUGUACGCAAGUUUUAUCAGGUAACAGGCAUGGAUAUAGGUGAAUGUAAAAAGGGUACAAUCUGUUCCACAGGAAAUGAAACAUCUGCUGAAAGCAGCAAAGGAUAUAUUGUUGGAACCAAAGACUUGUAUCAUAGAAAAUAACAUUCUAUUAAUUGUAUUGUUGUAUCAUAUUUGAUUCUGUAAUUCAAGUGGUUAAUUUGCAAA